GUAUAGCGGCGCAACCGAGAAAGACGCAAAAUGUCGUGAGAUAUUCCAUCAUGAAGCAGGCACUCACGCGCCAAGAAAUAAAAGCCCAAGUCUUUUUAUGUAUACUCUUUGAUUAAGACCGUCGUAUUUGUGUGCUCUGUGCGGGAUGUAUAUCAACAUCAGCAACUCCCAAUAUGAUCAACUCGUUGGUCGUUGCCGAGUGGUAUUAGAGUAAACGAGUUUAAACGUUUUUCUUGCUAAGUUUCUGUUGUGUCCUAAGCGUAAUUAUUUUAAACAAAAUGAUUUUUUUAUCUACUUUUGGUUUCGUGUGAAAAAUUAGUGAUAUUCUGUAAGAGUUUACGAAAUUAACUUUUAUUUAUGGUUGUGUGAGCGUCAGUGCACCUGUUGUGUUAAAGGUUAAUCUUUUGCGAUUUCAUAUAACAUUUUGAUUACAUUGACAUUUUUGGUAUGAAGACAUUCUGACAAAAAUGCCUAAAAGUGACCAAUAUAAGUCAGGUGCAUCACCUGAAGAGGACAGUGGAAAUGUCAGCAAGAAAAGACGUUUACCUCAGGAAGUUGAAGAUGAUAGAAGGAAACGUAUGGAUUAUGAAUAUAAAAGAGACUACAGAAAAACGUCAAGAGAUAGGAGUGGUGACCGUGCGAGACGUUCAGAUUCGAGAAGUGAUUAUUCAGGCAGUAGAUCAAAACGUAGUGGAGAAAAGAGUGAAAGUAGUCGGGCCGUAACAAGUUAUUAUCGAGAUGACAGAAGAUCCAGUCGUGGUAGAUAUGAAAGUGAAUAUCGUGCUCGUGAAUACAGUGAUUCACAUAGGAACAGGAGUUUUGAAUUCAGAAGUAGGACUAGAGAAGUGCGUGAAAGAAAUAGAGCGCCUGAUUCAGAUGUUAGUUUUGAAAAGAAAGAAAACAAGAAUGAAAGAGUCCAAGUUGAAAAUGGUGAAGAAAAUAGGGAACAUUCAACUCCUUCAGACAAAACGGCUAAUCAGCAAAGUUCAGAAAAAAACCUUCCUCAGAAAAAACAAUUUGACCUCCUCACAUCAAGAACAGGAGGUGCAUACAUCCCUCCGGCAAAAUUGCGUAUGAUGCAGGCUCAAAUCACUGAUAAGUCCAGUGCUGCCUAUCAGAGAGUAGCAUGGGAAGCACUUAAGAAAUCUAUCCAUGGGCAUAUUAAUAAAGUAAACACUGGAAACAUUGGUAUUAUUGUACGGGAAUUAUUGAAAGAAAACAUUGUAAGAGGCCGUGGUCUGUUAUGUCGUUCUAUCAUCCAAGCUCAAGCAGCUUCACCAACGUUCACGCAUGUUUAUGCAGCAUUGGUGGCAGUAAUUAAUUCAAAGUUCCCAAAUAUCGGAGAAUUGUUGUUGAGACGUAUUGUUAUUCAGUUUCGAAGAGGAUUCAAACGCAACGACAAGAGCUUAUGUAUUUCUGCUGCAACAUUUAUAGCUCAUCUUGUCAACCAAAGAGUGGCUCAUGAAAUUUUAGCUUUGGAGAUUCUAACAUUGCUAGUUGAAAGUCCAACUGAUGAUUCUGUAGAAGUAGCAAUUGCUUUUUUGAAAGAAUGUGGAAUGAAGCUAAUGGAAGUUUCAAAUAAAGGAAUACAUGCAGUUUUUGAAAUGCUUCGCAAUAUUUUACACGAAGGACAACUGGAUAAAAGGGUUCAAUACAUGAUAGAGGUGAUUUUCCAAGUUCGCAAAGAUAAUUUUCGUGACCAUGAAGCUGUGAUAGAAGAGCUUGAUAUUGUUGAAGAGGAAGACCAGUUUACUCAUCUCAUUACUUUGGAAGACGCCAAGGAUCCAGAAGACAUCUUAAAUGUCUUCAAAUUUGAUCCAGAAUAUGAGGGCAAUGAAGAGAAAUAUGGAAAUGUGCGCAAAGAACUUCUUGGAAUGGGCAGCAGUGGCUCGGAGUCCGGCAGUGGGAGUUCCGAUGACGAUGAAGAAGAGAGUGGCUCUGAACAGGAAAGUGAUGCAGAAGGCAAAGAAGCAGCCAUAAUAGAUAAUACUGAGACAAACUUGGUGGCUCUGCGUCGAACCAUCUACCUUACCAUCCAGUCCAGUUUGGACUUUGAAGAAUGCGCCCACAAGCUGAUGCGCAUGGAAUUGAAGCCUGGCCAGGAAUCAGAGUUGUGUCAUAUGUUGUUGGACUGUUGUGCAGAACAGAGAACAUAUGAGAAGUUUUUUGGUCUUUUGGCACAGAGAUUUUGCCAGAUAAACAAAAUAUUUAUUCCACCAUUCCAAGAAAUAUUUAAAGAAACCUAUGAUAAGAUUCAUCGAUUAGAUACAAAUAAACUUCGUAAUGUUGCAAAAUUUUUUGCUCAUCUUCUUUUUACGGAUGCAAUAUCUUGGGAAGUACUGGUCCUAAUAAAAUUGAAUGAGGAAGAAACAACAAAACUUCAGCAUCUCUCGGAAAACUAUAAAACCGUUCCACCGACAUCGCGAACGUAUCCCAAUUGCUGGAUUUUACAUUUCUUGCCUCGAAAUGCACAUUUAUUUGCAGAUGGUAUUUUCGAACGCCAUUUUGUCUUGAAUCCACUGCCUCGUAUUCCUGUCGUCGCCGUCAAACUUCCCACCGGCUGCUCGAUUCCCAGGACUCUGCAGGCUGCAUUUGAUGGAUUGUUUCCUAGAGAUGAUCCUAAAAACACAAGAUUUGCCAUUAACUUCUUCACAUCAAUUGGCCUUGGAGGACUCACGGAUGAGCUAAGGGAUCAUCUGAAAUCACAACCAAAAGUGCCAUUGCUCCCAAAGCUGGUUGAGGCUUUACCCAGCGAUUCCAGCACAUCCUCCUCAGAGUCUGAAAGCUCUUCAACUGAGGAUGACAGCAGUUCUGAUUCAAGUACAAAAUCUGCUAAGAAGAAGAAAAAGAAAAGUAAGAAGAAAAAUCAGUCUAAAAAGAAACACAAGUCACAAAAGGAAACAAACAAAAAUGUUAAAAACAGUAAGAACAAAAAAAGUAAAAGAAAAAGUAGUAGGUGAAUAUUAUUACAAUUCCUGGUAAUAAUAUUUUUAAAUGUAUGGGCAUAUAAAUGUAUAGAUUUUUUGUAAUUUAAUGACAUAAUAAAAACAGUACUAUUAGAAGUACCAUAUGUAAACUUUUUUUUUCUCUCUCUCUUUUCUCACGCUUAAGAAGGAACUUAAGAAGAGAAAGUUCCGUAAUUUUGCGAAAAAAACGGCGAAUUUUGGGCAGCAAAAUUCUUAUUACAGGACCCUGCCAACAAGAAAUGGAUAAAUCCAGUUGCUACAUCUAGACAAGAAAAGACGCCGGGACAUGGUGUAUUGUUUUUAAUGAAAUUUUGUUGUUGGAUAGUGUAAAGAACAUUGAAGAGAAUGGUGCAGGUCUAUUUUCGUUAAAAAAUUGCAAAAAUUUAAUUUAAAAAAAUCUGUUUCAUAAAGAUAGAUUUUAAAAUUAGGUUAUGUACAAGUUUUCGAAAAUUUGGGUAUUUUUCAUGUAAUUGUGUGUGAAAUAUAGGCAAUUUUUGUUUAAAUAAUUUUUUUUCUGGAAGCAAAUCCAUCCUUUUUUAUGAAGUUUUGUUGGUGAGUUGACUGCUUGGAUGUUUAAGAUGUUCAAAUUUUUUUAGUGUCAUCCUACAAUUACAAUUAUGAAGAUACAAUUUUUUCUUAAUGAAAUAAUGUUCAUCAAAAACAUCUUCAAAUCAUAUCAUGUUGCACUAUAUGAACAUAUGAGUAUUUUUUUUUAGUAAUUUGGCAUUAAAACAUAAGACGCCCACUCCUUACUUCAUGUGCUUCUUGAACGUAAUUUUAGUGGUGUUUUGAAACAGUUGGAUUCUAUGUGAGUUGGAAUUUGUAUAUUAUUUCAUAUUUCUCUGUUUGUUUCUUCUUGAGGUUUUGUUAUUAGUUUUAAAAUUAAUCUUUUAGAAAUUAUUCAAAUCCUGUUUUAAAUUGCGUCCUUUACUUGAGUUACAUAUGAAAAGGAAUAGAUGAUUUCUAUUUACUUAGUAAGAUGUGGAAAUAAAAAGUAAUGCAUGUAGAAAGAGAGUACCUAUUUUCCCU